UCUGCAAAAUUGUCGUCACCAAACGGAUUUGGUGACCACAAUGGCACAAUUAGUGUGCUUAGCCCACCUAUGUCGCCAAAGGGAGCCCUUCGAUCAAAAGGUCGUCCGAGCUCUUUCACCUCUUCGCGCGCUACGAGUGGGAACUUUGGUAUGAAGUCAUUCAGCAAGCGUGGUGCCUCAGGUGGUGGCUACAAGAUCGGCUUCGUCCAGGAAUCAGCCAUAUCUCUGAGAAAGCGAAGUAUGGCUGAGCUCGGUGCUGGUGUACACCAAAGCAUCUCAGAUGUGUCCUACGUGAACUUCCUCGAGUGGAUCAGGGCUGAACGCCUCACCACACUUCCACACAAGGGCAGUCGCUGGGACAAAGUGCUCAUCAGAGCUCUUUACUUCGCCGAGCAGUUGCACAACUUUGACCAAGCGAUUCAGAGCUUUGCUCUUGACAGCCAGGCUGCCGCUGCGGUCGGCUACGGCCACGCUCGGCUCCUUCUUGAGCUUGGUCAUGAGAACUCCGCCGCUCUGGACAAGGCGUUCUCUGUCCUCUAUAAGUUCUCACUAUCGUUCUCCUCGGUUCUACGUCGUUCAGAGCUGCUCGCAGCUACUGCCGAGAUCCGAGAGCAGCUGUGUCUUCUGUACACAGACCUCAUCUCACUGGUUGUCGAUGUGUCGAUUAGGUUCUACAAGACCGCCAAUGGCAUGACAUCAGGUUCCGCAAGCCUUGACAUCUUCGAGCUCUUUGGUGAGACUAUUGAAGGGUUCCGGUCGCGCCAGAACUCCGUCGUCGAGCUCAUCUGGGAAUCUCAAAUUGAAAACGAGGAUUUUGAGGAAGGCGAAGCCUUGGAUGUGAAAGUUCUAAGCAGGUGGCUGUCUCCGCAGGAUCGUGUGCUGGCAACCUUGAACCGCGACCACUCCUUCUUUGUGGAUCAACAGGUCGAGAUGACCUGCAUCUGGUUCCAGAAAUACCUCACUAGGUUCCUGCAGAGUGACAAGAGCUUUUUGUUGGUGACUGGUCAGGCUGGAGCUGGCAAGACUACCCUCGCCGGCUCGAUAGUCGAACGUCUCCAGCGACCUGUCAACCGCAAGCAAGUCGAUACACUUUUUUGCUCUCUGUCUCCAGAUAUUCCCACAGCGGCCACAUCCCUUGCAGUCGUCAAGUCCUUGCUCUCACAGCUGCUGAGCCUGCGGGUGGGUAACAUGGGAAUGUACUACGCUCUAUUACGAGCGUACAAUCACUGCAGAACUUCCGGUGACCUCAAGACAUACGAGGAACAUCUCUGGCAGGCGCUCGGUGAUACUCUCAAGCACCCUCUUGACGGUGGCAAUGACCUUGUCAUGGUCGUAGAUGGGCUUGAUGAGAUCGAAUCUUCUCAAUCAGCUUCUAUUCAAGCAGCUGGAGGCAUAAGCUCCUCCACCCUGCUGGAGAAGCUGGUCAGUGUAACCAACCAGGGUCAAAGAGUGCGCCUGAUCACGCUUUCGUCUACGGCCAAGUUGCCAGCCCAAGCCAACGGCAUGCUUCAUGAAGUCUCCCGCGAGGACGUUCGCGAUGACCUUCACGCCGUUGCCUUGCGAGCCUUAGUCCACAACCGCAACUUCCACAGCAAGCCUGGAAAAGAGCAAGAGACUAUGCUUGAGCGCAUCAUCCAGGCCGCCAACGGAUCCUUCUUGUGGACUAUCCUUGCUUGCGAGCUUCUGAACUUCCAGAAGUCUGCCGAUGCGAUCACAUCCACCUUGCGGGAUUUGGAGUCGAAGAAGCCGCCUGUCCAGAGCCUCGUCCACCAACUUUUCACUUCAUUCGAACCCACUAGCAACGCAAAGACCUUGUUGUCUUGGAUCCUUGCUGCUGAACGACCCUUAACCACAGAAGAAAUCCACACACUCUUCACCGUGGAUGUCAAGAGCGGCACCCUGACAGACAAGGGUAUUGACGUUCACGAGACACUACAGGCACUCAAACCAUUCUUGUCAUUGAAUGAACACAUCGUUCGUUUCAGACAUCCUAUCGUUCACUCUGCUCUCCAUGAUCUCGCACAGAAGAACCAGGUCUCAAUCCCUCUUAAUGACAGCGAGUCAGACCUCUUGCUACGAGUCCUUACGUACGCAAAGUUUACUCUUCGCGACAAGGGCGAGCCUACGAUCGACAACGACGACCCUACUAUCGCCGACCGUCUCUUCCGCCAGCACCGUUUCCUCGAGUACGCUGUCAGGUACUGGGUUCUCCACCUUCAGCAGUCCCCUCUCAUGCCCAAGAACCCGGCUGAGUUCAAGCCUACUGGAGAUCUGCAGAAGGUCCUGCCAGACACAACUAUUUUGCCUAUUCUGGAACAGCUCGUCUGGGGUACGCAGCUCCCACUUCCUCAAGCAAUUGACCUGCAUCUUCUUGUGGGCAAUGUGCGCCGAGCGGUGUACACUGAGAACCACCCCACUGUUCUCCAGACCUAUCUUGCGGUUGCGACAUCUUACCUACUUCUGUCGGACACCACGCAGGCUUCUUCGUACUUCUUCCGUUGUACCAAUAUCAGCCGCACUGUGCUGAGCGAUAUCCAUCCUCUGACAUUGGAAUGCGCGAACCAUUUCUUGAAGAUCUCAGAGUCAAUGGUCACGACCACACGUACAGAGAUCAUGACUCACCGCGAGCACAUCCUCAUCGUUCUCAUCACUGCCUACGAACGUCAGUACGGCAGCACCUCCGAGCUUGUCACUCAGACUCGCAAGCUUUUGGUCGAACUAUACGCUUCGCUCAAAGAAGAGGACAAGGCGCUGGAGGUUUUCCGCCUCAUUCAGGAAGCUACUAUUCAACACUACGGACGCAACAGCCAUCAAGCGCAAGACAUCAAAGGUCAUCUCAAUGUCGUUCUCGGUAAAGGCCGAGGCGAGCGACGUAUCGACAGCUACAAGGAGUCUUUCUUCGAUGACCAGGACGAUGAGAAUCAGGUCGAAGUCUUUGACUUUGGUUCAAUCGUCGCCUAUCUUCGCAGUGCCGAAUCGUACGCGUCUCGCAAGGAGUUCGCGCUUGCCGAGCGUACCUACGCCGAGCUGUGGCAGCAGAUCUCUUCCAAGUGCCGUACUACACAGUCAAUCGAGUGGCAUGAGAAAAAUAUCGAGAUCGCGACCGCUUACUCGCAGUUCCUCAAGACACAGAAGCGCACGACCGAAUCUUCUGCCGUGCUGAUUGUCGUAUGGGAACAAUACCAGCACCACCAGUUGUCGUAUUCAGAGAGCAUCGUAGCUCGCCUCACCAGCGUAGCAAAGGAGAUGAAGUCAAUGGGAUCAUACACCAUGGCCUUGUCGAUCUUCAAGCAUGCCAGCUCUUUCUACAAGAGCGUCCGUCAAGAGGAAUCCAGUGCUUCGCGCGAAAUCAGCAAUCAUGUAUCUGAGACCUCCACAGAACUUGUGCGACAGAGCUUGGCGGCUUCAAGCUCGUCGAGCGAAACCACAACGACCGUGUCUGAGUCAGUGUACAAGGACGUCUUCUUCUCCGUCAUUCAGUCUUCGAAAACUAUUGAGUCCAGCACAGUCGCUCUUGCGAAGAAGCUGUCCGCCAAGUACAUGGAGGAGCGAAACUUUACCCAGGCUAUUAGUGUCAUCCAGGCCACCCUCCAGCGGACGUGGUCCUCAUUCCUGGCCAGUUCUAUCCAUGAUGUAACUCUCACGUCCACUUUCACUCAGGAGUCCAUCGACCUUGUCGAGCGCCUUGCUGAGUGCUACUUGCAGCUGAAGCAGAUGGAGAGAGUCGAGGACACAUACAACCGCUUCUUCCGUGCCGCAUUGGUCACAAAAGAAGUCGACAAGACUAUCUUUGAGAAGGCUCGAACACUUCUGAUCGGCUUCUACGACAAGUAUGGCUACCUGGACAACGCCAUCAGCGUCUACCAGGGCAUUCUUGUGACCUACCGCGCAAGGUAUGGGCCCACUCACGAGCUCACUAUCCAAACUCUCUACAUCUUGGCUCGUAGAUGCCAGCAACACCCAAGGAACCAUCCUUACUGGGUCGAGUACUACCUUCAGAUCAUUACGAGCCUCAACAAAGACUCAGACAUCUGUCACAAAGAUGCUCUAGAUGCCAUCAUUGUGGUGACUACUACGUAUUGGCAAGACCGUCGCUAUGCUGAGGCGGUCACCAUCUACCGGACCCUAUGGAACACCUUUGUGCGCCAGACAAAGCAACACAAGGUCUUCAGCGAAGAGAAGUCUGUACAGAACCUCUAUGAGCGUUACUACCAGUGCCUCGAAGAGACUAAGGCCAGCUUCGAGUCAUUGUACCAGGUCACCAAGGAGUACCGCGAGACGGUUAUCGCUACGUUCGGUGCUCAGUCCACAGUCGCAGUAGAGGCGACCCUGGCGCUCGCACAGGUGUCACAGCGUAGCGAGGAGCACAUCUCUCAAGCGAUCUCGCUCUACGAAGAGGCUUCCAAGUCGACCAAGACAACUACCACAACUACCAGGUCGAGCGAAUUGAAGCAGGCUUUGUCCUCGCUUUACGUUCGCCAGAUGAAGUCUCAAUCAUCCUCAAGUUACAAGGCCGAACACGUUGAACGUGCUCUUAGCAUGACCCAAGAGCAGCUGAAAGAGUCUACAAGCAAGCAUGGCUACUCAUACGAGUCAUCACUCACGUACGCUAGGGAGCUGGCGACCUUGUACCAGCGCCAACAGAAGACUGAUCUCGCAGUCAAGACCUUGACCAAUGCUGCCUCUCAAAUCGUUCUGGAAGAAACCUCGUCGCAGAAGCAGAUCGAGUCAGCGGCUUCCAUCGCUGCCAGCUUCCACGCCUGCCAGCAGACCACUGUUGCACAUAGCCUUGUGCAAGAGCUGCACCGCCAAAUCUGCGCGAAAGACACACGCUAUGCUUCGAAGUGGUCUUUCGACCUGACAAAGACCAGUCGUGCCUCGUUAGCUUUCCUUGCCUCCCUUCAGUACAACCUGCGCAAGGACCUCAAUGUUACAUUUGCAGAGAUCAUGGCCAGUCUCACGAUGGAGUACAUAUACUUCGAGCAGUUCAGGCAGACCCUGCAGAACAACGAGUCGCUGACAAAUAUCCUACUUGCGGCCGCUCCUCUCCGCUUCUUCUUACGCCAGAACGGCCAAGAUGAGAUGAUCACCGUUGUCGAGGACCAAGCGGUUGGUCUUUUCGAGAAGCGGGACGCUCAAGAUCUUCACACGCUCAGCAAAGAGACACCUCGUAUCUUCAUUGUUGGCAUUCUGGACCAUCUGGGCUCUGGCAGAAACAAGGACUUCAACCGCUCUGUCAUCCUGGCUAGCAACGAUAGCACCGCGAAGUUGAUCAAGGCGAAGAAGUUCCCAGAGGCAUACGACAUCGCGAACCUCGGCUUCCUCUACGCCAGCAAGCACGAUGGCUACAACGGACCAAGGUCCAUUGGUUUGGGCUUCAAGCUUGCAUCGCUAUUUGUUGGACGCGACAGCGAGAAGGCUACCGACGCCGCCUUGCGAAAGAAGAUGCUCGAGUUGUCGAACAAGAUUGUCAGAAAGAUUCUCGACAUCUGCAAGAACCUCAAGAUCAACUUCGCCCAGAUCCAGCUAUUCGAGCUGAGCCAUCUGUCUGUUCUUCUGGGCGAACAGCACGACUAUGAGACUCUGGAGUGGCUGCUCAACACCUUGUGGAACACCAGAGAUGCUCAGCGCUCUUGGCCCCCAGAAGUCCUCCUCAACCUCGGCCGCCGGCUCAUCUGUGCUCGCUACCUCGCCGGCUCACCCAUCAAGGCCAUUCGCCUCGCCGAAGACAUCGCAUACAACAUGCGCCGCGCUCACGGCCCACGGGCACCCGUUACGAUCGAGACCUACGAGCUACUCGCACAGCUAUACACAAGCAUGGGACAAACGUAUCAGUCGAAGGCGUCUUCUGAGAAGACAGGCCCGCUGGCACAAGAGUACUUCAAGAAAGCUCUUGGUGUGCACGAGGACAUCCUCCGUCUUGUUGUGCACGAGCAUGGCUCUGGCGAUGACUUGGACGAUGAGCUCGACACCACUGCCUACUUACUCGCCAGGGAGGGUGUCAACGUCGAGAAGCAGGAGGGUCAGCCCACCGCGGCGCUCGACACAGAGAACAUUGACAAGUCUGCGAUUGCUCUGCGCCACCUCCAGCUUCUCAAGCUCGCAUACCAGCGCCUCGGUGGCUGGCCCAAGUCCUACGAAGAGUACGAGCGUCUUAACGCUCAGAUCUUCCGUACAUUCGGCGCUGACGCGAAGUGGAAGGGUGUGCAAGGUACAGAGAAGUGGGGCGCGAAAGAGUUCGGUAACGGCAAGGCUGAGUCCCAGGAUGGCGGAUUCAAUGGCAUCGAAGACUGGGCUCUUGGUAGCGACAAGAUGAUCUUGCAGGCGCAGACCAGACCUCAGCAGGGUGGAUCAAACGGCCUGCAAAUUGGCAAGCUGCGCACUGAGCCUGAGCAGGCUGUUGCAUAUGCUUAGAAGAUUCUGAGCGUUAAUGAUACUACGACGGAGGAAGUAAUGAUG